UCACCAAAGAUGUGUGUGGCCUGGCGUUGUCCUGAUGGAAGACAAUUCGGCCUCUGUUGAUCAAAGAUGGCCUCUUCUGCAUGAGUGCUGCAUUCAAGCGGUCCAGUUGUUGGCAGUACAGGUCCGAAUUGAGCGUUUGGCCAUAGGGGAGCAGCUCAUAGUGAAUGAUUCCCUGCCAAUCCCACGAAACACACAGAAGAACCUUCCUUGCCGUCAAACCAAGCUUGGCCACCGUCUGGGCAGCUUCACCGCUUUUCGUCCACGACCGUUUGCGCUUAACGUUGUCGUAAGUGACCCACUUUUCAUCGCCAGUCACCAUCCGCUUCAAAAACGGGUCGAUUUUGUUGCGAUUCAGAAGCGAUUCGCAUGCAUCGAUCAAUUCAGCGAUUUUAUCGCAAUUUUCGACGACAGGCUUCCGGACCGUGGCGCAUCUUCGAUCACCUCUGCACUAGAACGAAAACGUUGAAACCAUCGUUGUGCGGUGGAAAUGGAAACUGUAUCGGGUCCAUAAGCUGCACAAAUUUUAUUGGCAGCAUGAGAUGCAUUUUUGCCUUUAUCGUAGUAGUACUGUAAAAUAUG